UGACCAUAUCCAGCGAAGUGGCUAUUGAGAUCGUUUCGAAGAUAUCCGAAGGUAGACCCGACAGCGCUGGGAAAACACAAUAAAUCGAGGGGCUAGGUACUUCAAUACACUUGAGUGGCUUUCUCAAGUCAUGUCCCUCAGCCCUAAGCAUACGACGCCAUUUUCAGUAACGGAUAUACUUAGCCCAAUCGAGGAAAGCUACAAGAAAGCUAUGUUAGAGCCUGGAAACAACUUAACCACUAUGCAAACGCAACCCGCUUAUCAUCAUCGUUCUGCAACCCAGCACAGCCAAGGCAUGCAACCGUCUAGUAUGAACCAGUCCAGUAACCCAUAUCACAUGCCGGUCCCACAGCUAUCUCAUCCAGGUCUAGGCCCAACAUACUGUAACGGUGGAGAAUUGAGUCAUUACAAUGACCACGUAAGACAAUCGGCUGCUAGCUGGUAUGGGGCAAACCCGGAUCCUAGAUUUUCACUGUCCAGACUUAUGACGCCGCCGUCUCCAAUGAAUAUGAAUAUGAAUAUGAAUAUGAACAUGAAUAUGAAUAUGAACAUGAGUAUGGCGGGCCUAGGAGGAAUGGCCGAAAUGGGAAAGCCAAUGCUACCGACUCAGCGACGAAAACGACGCGUUUUAUUCUCACAGGCGCAGGUAUACGAACUAGAGAGACGCUUUAAGCAACAGCGCUAUCUUUCAGCACCAGAACGAGAACAUCUUGCUAGCCUUAUAAACCUUACUCCAACUCAAGUAAAAAUUUGGUUUCAAAAUCAUCGGUAUAAGUUGAAAAGGCAACAAAAGGACAAAAAUAUGCAAGAAAGUAAUAGUUUAUGUCAUCAGUCACCAAGGAGAGUAGCCGUGCCGGUUUUAGUCAAAGACGGAAAACCUUGUAAUGGAACGAGUACCGGUGAUACGCCUAGCCCAGAUGCGCGACUAACGGAUUCCGUAGAUACGAACGCGUCCGCAGAGCACAAUCCACUGAAUACACAUCAUCACCACCACUCACAUCAGACCUCUGUAGAUUCGAGCGGUCUUGCCCCUUGUUCGGGCCUAGGGUCAGGAGGAAUUCAACAGACGGGUAACAGUGCUAAUGGUUCACCCCAUGAGCACGUAUUGGCUAGCUAUAAUGGACUGAGCAAUGGCCAAGACAGUACUGCAAUGAACACCGCCCCUUUUCUCUUACAUGGUAGAACGUGGUGAUAGGAUAUUUUCAGGCCAGAAGACAAAUAAAAACAAAUGCAAAUAGACCACGAUACUUAUUUUGAUGCCAUGAUAAACUACAGCAGACUUGCAUUACGACCUCUAAAAAGAAAACAUUCGACGCCGGGCAAUUGUUACCGUUUUUCAAAGGUGUGACUUUGAUAUCUGUAAUGCAUUUUCCAACUCAAUGGCGGCCUAAAAUAAUAAUUAUUGACCGCGACGAUUGCAUGACGAAGAUUCCGCUGGCCUACAGGAUUCUCACCGACACGGAUAAAUCUAGCGGCUUUGUGGCCGUAAUACUAUGGACUUGGUGUUAUCAGCAUUCCUCGAGGGUAUAUCUAGUAAACCUAGAACCAAAACAGUUAAUAACAUUCCGUAAUGCACCAUGCCUAGUGAAUAUUACGUGGGUAUAAAUCCUUAAAAUGAACGGUAUAUCCGACAGUGUAGUCUGCUAAAGACUGGGGUUAGUGCGAGGUUUUAAGUGCACAAGAUUCCACGCAUGGUCAGUUUUUUGUCCAUUCCGGUGUAUUGGCCGAAUCUAGAUGUAGGCCUUAACCAAACGUCUCAUUAUUGAAAAUGAUUCAUUUAUGGUUUAGAUAUUUUAAAGAUGCAUUUUAGAUGAAACGCAAACGUUAUAUUAUUAUUGUCAAUUGAAUCUAUAUUUCCUCCGAAUGGUUAACCCAUCCUACGUCGACCUUGUUUAUGUGCAUGAGCAAUUUCCAUAAAAGGAAACUUUGUUAACUCGUUUUUUAUGAUAUUUUAAGCCAUAUCACAAUACCGCACUAAGCCUGGUUAAACUGAGAAUGUACUUUUUUUCAUUUGCGCGAUUUUUUUCAGAUACAGUCUUAGUACCAAACGUCCAAUAACAACACUCAGGGACGGAAAAUUCAGCAUACGACUUUUGCGUCAUAAGAAUUAAAAUCUAAAAUACCAAGGAGAGCGUCACGUAUAGGACAUUAAAUGAUUGGUACCAAAGAUACUUCGCCAAAUAUUGGUUGAAAAAUUACAUAAAAUCCUUUGGGUGUUUUUUUUCAAUAUAAAUCAUUCCUUGUAAUAAUUAUCAAGAAUUAGUCUCGUGUUAAAUUUAAAUUAUUUUGAGUAGAAAACACGGUCUCAUAUUUCUUAUUCCAUUGGUGCAAUGUUCGCAAAUCCUAUUGCAUUUUAGUUAGUAAAAUCUCAAUCGGGAUUUAUUGUUUUGAAGAUCUUCAACAAAUGUUAUCGAAUAAAUAUGUAUAGUUAAUCAUCUAUUUAUUUCUAUUUUACUCGUUUGUAUAAUUUGUUAAAAGAUAUGUAAAUGUGACUGUGGUUAUGUUAUGUCGUAAUUUAUAUUGACAGCGAAUGGCGACAGAUAAUUAGAGUAAAUUCCAAUGUAAAUAAGACGAAAUGUUUUUUUUUUUUAUUUUGCCUUGUGUCUCGCACGGUAACAUAGAUUUCUGGUAAUAAAUUAAUUAAAAUAUGAUUCUGAUUCAAAAAAUGAAAACGAAAAGUCACAACAUCUUACCAUGUUUGCAAACAUCUCUGUUUUAACUAUCAUAUUACGAGCUGUAAAAUAUUGCUAUUUGUUAACCAUACUCACGUCGAUUUUAUGCAUGUAGGCCUAUUUCUGUCUUUCAUUUUUUAUUUUUAUGCUAUUUUCAAGAAUGUUCUUUAUUGGGUUAUUUUUGUGUGGAUUUUUUUUUUUUUUUUUUGGGACGUGUACUCUGGUUCUCUUCGCAUAUGUCUAUGUGUAAUACUAUAAGGUAAUAAAUGUUGAAAAUGCUGGAA